AUGGAGCUCAUCAGAGGUGCAGAGAGUCAGCCCCAGAGAGCAGUGUUCCUGCCAGAGUUCGUCCUCUCGCCUCAGGGCCGCUUCAUGGAGGAUGCUUCAGAAGAUCAGCUCCUAACCUACAAGUAUGACGACCAGGCCUCCAGGAUGACCCGCUCAGAUGAAGACCGGUACAUUGGGUGGGACGCCUGGGGCCCCUGGAGCGAGUGCUCUCGCACCUGCGGAGGAGGAGCCUCCUACUCUCUGCGGCGCUGUCUCAACGGAGGAAGCUGUGAUGGCAUAAACAUCCGCUACAGAACAUGUAGCAACAUGGAUUGCCCAGCAGAGUCAGGUGAUUUCCGGGCCCAGCAAUGUUCAGCCCACAACGACAUCAAGUACCAGGGUGUCACCUACGAGUGGUUCCCGUCACCGUAUGACCCCUCAGCACCCUGUGCACUGCGGUGCCAGACCAAAGGGAGAAGUCUCACUGUGGAACUGGCUCCCAAGGUGCUGGAUGGGACACGGUGCCGGGCGGAUGCGUUUGACAUGUGCAUCAGUGGAGUGUGUCAGGAGGUGGGCUGUGAUCGGCAGCUAGCUAGUGGUGCCAGAGAGGAUAACUGCGGCGUCUGUGGCGGUGAUGGCUCCACAUGCCGGCUGGUACGAGGACAGGCCCUACUCCACCUUACACCAGAACAAUCUAUGAAGACAGUACUGGAGAUGCCAUCAGGAAGCCGCCUUCUCAGACUCAAUGCCAAAGGACCUGAUAUGAUUGUUAUCGAAGCUGUGUCUCUUCAGGGGAGAUUCGAGGAGACCAGUCUGGUGUCUACAGGCUCCUAUGUGAUAGGAAACACCUCCUUGGACUUCCAGAGAGGGACGGACAGGCAGACACUCAGGACACAUGGCCCACUCAAUGCUGACUUCAUGAUCAAGAUGAAGUAUGGAGGCUCCAAGGAUACAGUUGUCCAGUUUCUCUUCUACCAGCCAAUCAGGUACCAGUGGAGACAGACUGACUUCUUCCCCUGCUCGGUUACCUGUGGAGGAGGCUAUCAGCUGAACUCUGCAGAGUGCACAGACAUCAGAUCCAACCAGACUCUGCCCGAGCAUCAUUGUAACAACUAUCCUGAAAACACCAAACCCAUACCAAAACUCAAGGAGUGCAAUAUGGACCCCUGUCCAGAGAGUGAUGGAUUUAAAGAGGUGUUGCCUUAUGACCAAUUCCAACCUCUGCCUCGCUGGGAGCAGGGCCCCUGGACCCAGUGCUCGGUGUCCUGCGGUCAAGGUGGUGGCUUGCAGGUUUGCAGCGUGCUGUGCGUGGAGGAGGACACGCAGGGACAGUUCUCCCAGGUGGAGGAGUGGAAGUGCACCCACUCCCCUCGACCUAUCACCCAACAGAUUUGCAACACCUUUGCCUGCCCCCAGUGGGUGGCCAUGGAGUGGUCGCAGUGCACAGUGACCUGUGGGCACGGCCUGCGUUACCGGGUGGUUCUGUGCAUCGACCAUCGUGGGCAGCACAUUGGAGGCUGUGAAGCGUCACUCAAACCUCAUGUUAAAGAAGACUGUCUGGUCCCUAUUGCCUGCCAUAAGCCCCGAGAAUCCCUGCCAGUGGAGGCCAAGGUGCCCUGGUUAAAACAAUCCCACGAACUGGAAGAGCAGCGGACUGCUACAGAGGACCCCACAUUUGUACCCGGGCCCUGGUCAGCCUGCAGCACCACCUGUGGGCCUGGCAGGCAGAAUCGGGAGGUGAAGUGCCAGGUGCUACUGUCGUUCACCAAGACGGAGGUGGACCUUCCAGAGGAGGAGUGUGGUGAGGACAGGCCACAGCUGGAGAGGUCUUGCAACCAUGGGACAUGUACCAAAGUUCCAUGCACAUCUGCAGGCCUCCAGGAGCACGCAGCCCUUAACAUACAGUACAGCUGGGACUACAGGAGCUUCACUGCUUGCUCAGCCACAUGUGCUGCUGGGAAGCAGACAGCAGUUGUGAGGUGUGUUAACAGGAAGCAGAGUGAGGAAGUGGAAGACUCUCUGUGUGAUUCAUCCAGCAAGCCCCCAGUAAUGAUCCGCAUCUGUUACCCCGAGCCAUGCCCCCCAAGAUGGGAGGCGACCUCAUGGACCAGCUGCUCUGCGUCCUGUGGUGUUGGCAUACAAACCAGGAGUGUGUUUUGCAUGCGCCUGUUGUCCGUUGACCAGCAGGAUAUUCUGACUGUGUCAGAGGACGAGUGCAGGGAAUACAAACCUGCCAUCCUGCAACCCUGCAACCAGGUGGACUGUCCUCCAGCCUGGGAGACAGAGCUAUGGCAACAGUGCUCCCAGUCCUGUGGUGGGGGUGUCCAAGUGCGGAAGGUCUACUGUAAGCAGCUCCUGUCCACAGGGGCCCAGAGAAGGCUUGGAGACGGGCCUUGCUGGGGGGCCAAACCUGCCACUAACAGGGACUGCUGCAACAUUGACUGUCUGCCCUAUUUGUCAGGAGGAGAAUGGGAAAAGUGUUCGGUGUCCUGUGGUUUGGGGAUCCAGCGUCGGGUGCCACUGUGUCGCCAGUGGACAGCCGUGGGCGACCAGGUGACGCUGGCCAGGGAACUGUGCUCAGGGUUGCCCUCCCCACCACUCGUACAAACCUGCCGCAUGAUGGCUUGUCCCAGCUAUGAGGAGGGGGUUAAACAGUGUCCACUGUUCAUGGGUAUGCACAAAAUCUACAUCCAAACUCGCAAGGAGAAGCGCCUCCACCUGACUGUUGGUGGCCACGCUUACCUCCUACCCAACACCACCCUAGUCAUCAAAUGCCCCGUCAGAAGGUUCCCCAAAGCCUACAUCCGCUGGCUGAAAGACGGACGCCCCCUCCCCAGCUCCAAACACCUGGGCGUCACCAAAUUCGGCUCUCUGAAGAUCCAAUUUUUGUCUGCAGAGGACAUUGGAGUGUACAAGUGUGUUGCUGGACCCACCUCAGAUAUCUUCACCCUCCAGCUUAUAGGUACUGACAGCAAAUUAACUGGCCGACUGUCUACUGCCAGUCCUCCCAGGCGGGAGGACAUGCUGCCGAGUUGCCAUUGGCAUCACUCAGGCAUGGAGCUGAUUUGGCCUGGCGUUAGUGUGACUUUGCUGCCCCCUGGUAUCCAGGAGGCCUUACUGCAGCCACAGGUGAAGGAGAGACUGAUUAAUAUCACCCUGAAAGCUGAUAGAGGAGAGAUCCAACAGGAGCAGGCCUCACAGCUCAUCUCCUCACUGCUGACCCACAUGCCUGCCUCCCAGCUCUGGACCCUAACUCCAGGAGGUGGAGGACAAGCUAAAGACAAAAUGCCCAACUGGUCAGAACGCUCGACAUUGGAAACAUAUGCGAGUAGACCAGUAAUUACCAGACAGCAGCAGACUCAACCAGUGGCUUUCCAGAAGAACAUCAACAUCAGCAUUGGACACAGCACCCACCUGACCAAUGCUACCCGAUCACUGACCAUAGGCUGUCCUGCAGAGGGCUUCCCUCCUCCCAAAAUCAGCUGGACCAAAGAUGGAGCUCUGCUGCGGCACACUGACAGGGUAUUCUGGGAUACCGCCGAAGGACUCCACAUCCUUCAGCCCAGACUGUCUGACAGAGGCCGGUACAAGUGCAUAGCUACCAACACACAUGGCUCAGACUCAGAGACAUCUCAGCUACUGGUGGCAGAGCCACCAGGCAUCGCAGUGUCAUGGAGAAAUGUUUCAGACCAUGGGGUGCUGUUGGGCCACGGCUUCAGGUCCACGGUUGGGGGGCGAGUCAGUGUACGCCCUGGCACCAACCUCACGCUGGACUGCCCCGUUACUGGCGUUCCUCCGCCCACAGUGACGUGGAACAAAAAGAAUGGACUACUUGGUGCCAUUGCUGUUCCACUGCCCUCUGGCUCACUGUGGAUACGAAAUGUCUCUCUGCACAACCAGGGCAUCUACUCAUGUACCGCCACUAACGCCAUCGGAAAGUCCACUGCUUCUACUGUUCUGCAGGUCUAUGGUCAAUACCCUGCUGGGGGAAGCAGGGUAGCUCCAGUCUCACAAGGGCUGAACAGAAGAAGGGUCCUCAUGGCGUCCCAGCGGGGAACCAGUGUCUUUAUCAAGCCUGGAGACAUUCUACGUAUAGGGUGUCCAGUCCUCGCUGACCAUCAACUGCCAGUGCUGUGGGAUUACAACAACCUGACCCUGAAGGAGGUUUCAAGUCUGCAGUACAGGAUGCUAGUGGGAGGUCGUGUCAUUGAGGUCAAUACACUCCAGGUUAAGUUCUCAGGCCGGUACCGAUGCCGGACCCUUAUCAACAGUACCAGACAAAUACUGUCUGCCUGGAUGUACGUUCAAAUUGAAGAGUUAAAGUGGCGUUUUGGAGAAUGGACCACAUGCAGUGCUUCUUGUGGGAAUAGAGGAACUUGGCUGCGGAGGAUUCACUGUGUCAACCUGGAUGGAAAGGCUGUUCAGUCCACCAUGUGUCAGCACAUACCAAAACCAAUCACUUCCCCAGUCACCUGCAACAGACAGAACUGCCCUCCCAGAUGGUCGGCCUCAGAGUGGUCCAAGUGCUCCGCCUCAUGUGGCGGUGGCUGGAGAAGGAGGCAGGUCUCCUGUCAGCAGUCAGAGGCCAGAGGGGCUGUGAGGACUCUGACAGCCGCUGCCUGUGAGAGGACCAGCCGGCCCUCAGACUCCGAGCAGUGCACCGCCAAUAACUGUCCAACCUGGGUAGCCAGCGCAUGGGGAAAGUGUUCAGGGAGGUGUCUGGGCCCCGCGGCCACCGUCCAGAAGAGAUCUGUCCUCUGCCAUCAUGCCAAUGGCUCCUCGUACACAGACUGUGAUCUCAGAGACAGGCCUGCGUCGGUACGCAACUGUUCCUCUGACCUGUGUGAUGUCCAGUGGCGUCCUCGUGCGUGGCGGCCAUGCACUGUAGUCUGUGGGAGUGGCUUUCAGUCCCGCAGGGUGGACUGUGUGUACCGCAGGAGCGGCAGGACUCUGGAGGACCAGCACUGUGCCGGGCUCCAGCAGCCCCCCACCUGGCAGCACUGCAACAGCCCCAGCUGUGGGAGUGAAUGCAAAGACACCACCCAGUACUGCAGUGUGGUGAAGAGACUGAAGCUGUGUUACCUGGAUAUGUACAAACAAAGAUGCUGUGGGUCCUGUUCACAAGAUCCGGACUCCCCCUAG